CUCCACCUCACCCUACAACAUUCCCCAGCCAUGGUGUCUCAAGCAGGAAUACCCAAGGCCGUACUGUACUACGACCCUUCAUCCGCAACCUCGUAUGCUGCACGACUCGCGAUAGUUGAGAAGGGCUAUGGAGACGACGAAAUCGACUACAAGAUCGUAGACUCCACCAAGGGAGAAGAGUUUUAUCCUUCUUUCCUGAGGAUCAGCCCCAAGGGCAAUCUCCCUGCGCUCGUGGUGCCCCUUCAAAAGACACUGUCCCCGGAAGUGGAGAGUCGAUAUAAAGCCAUCACCGACGCCAUCAUCGAGUUUUUGGAUAAAUCGCGGUCUACCACAUCUAGAACUGGCACCACGUCCUCCGCACCAGCACCUUCCUUGUCGCCAGCUACGGUGUCCUUUUCCAGCGUGACAGCAAAGUUGGUCGAAGAGGUUUACACCGAGGGAGUCUCGCCAGAAUCGUUGAAACUGUACAAUGCACGCGAUGAUGCAUCACUGAAGGCAUUGGCAUCCAGUCUGCUCCCGACACUCAAGGGACGUCAAGCUGCCCUCGAUGCCUGUCUCGAGGACAGCGAUGGUAUUUCGGAGAAGACGAAGACGUUCUGGAGAGACAACAAGACAGCGACCGAGAAGCUGGAGAAGAUACUGUCUGCAGGCAGUUUCAGCGGCAGUGAUGCUGAGGAAUAUUUGGCUUACGCCAAGAAGAGCUGGGAGGUUACGCUGCCGACUGUUUUGAUCACUCUGAACAAAGACAUGACGGGACCGUUUGCGCUCGGCGACCAAAUCUCUGUUGCGGAUGUGCACAUCUUCGCAUGGCUUGUGCAAUUGGUGAGGUUGUGUGGCGGUAGUCUGAACCUGGAUGGCGAUGCUGCAAUCAAGGAGUUGGAGAAGCACAUUGGAGCCGGAUUUGUUCUGCCGGAAGACUUUCUCACAUCGCCCAUGGUGGCCGGUGUUGGGAGUGAGCAGCCACGGCUGCGGAGUCGGCUUGCUGUAUUCUGGGAUGCAAUGAAGGAGAGACCGAGCUCGAAGAGGCUGUAUGGAUCUGGCAACUGAGGAAUAUGUACAGAAUAAUAGAGACCGAGAGAUCGAAGCUUGUUUGAUCUGACAUUUAUUACGUAUGAUUUGGGCGACAUAACGGUGGAAAAUGAAAAUUUCUUGGGCAUGUGGU